AUGACUACUGAUACCAACUUUUAUCCCGACUUAGUAGGCGUUCGCAAACCAAAGUGCGCUCGUUGCAGGAACCACGGGAUAAUAGCGUGGAUCAAGGGGCACAAACGAUUCUGCGCGUUUCGUGACUGCCGUUGUGAACAGUGUCUACUAGUGGUGGAGCGUCAGCGAAUUAUGGCGGCACAAGUAGCACUCAAACGCAGACAAGCAGCAGAGGAUCUGGCUCUUCAUAGGUUGAUGGCAAAAUCCGAUGUGGAGCAGAAUUCUAACAAUACCUUCAGCCCUCUACUCCUUCGUGAGUUUUUGUGA